UCGGUGAGAGGCGGAGGAGCGGCGGCUGCCCGGGCUGCACACAGUUACGCGCUCCUUCCCACUCCCUCACAACGGCCCCAGCCCGCUCACCGGCUGUAGAAAAUGGUGAAAGAAACCACUUACUAUGAUGUUUUGGGGGUCAAACCCAAUGCCACCCAGGAAGAAUUAAAAAAGGCUUACAGAAAACUGGCCUUGAAGUACCACCCUGAUAAGAAUCCAAAUGAAGGUGAAAAGUUUAAACAGAUUUCUCAAGCUUAUGAAGUUCUCUCUGAUGCCAAGAAAAGGGAAUUAUAUGACAAAGGAGGAGAACAGGCAAUUAAGGAGGGUGGAGCAGGUGGUGGUUUUGGCUCCCCCAUGGACAUCUUUGAUAUGUUUUUUGGAGGAGGAGGAAGGAUGCAGAGAGAAAGGAGAGGUCAGAUUGUCAAGCAUGGAGAUAUAAAGUGUGUGCUAAAUGAAGGUAUGCCAAUUUAUCGUAGACCAUAUGAAAAGGGUCGCCUAAUCAUCGAGUUUAAGGUAAACUUUCCUGAAAAUGGCUUUCUGUCUCCUGACAAACUCUCUUUGCUGGAAAAACUCCUACCUGAGAGGAAGGAAGUGGAAGAGACUGAUGAAAUGGAUCAGGUAGAACUGGUGGACUUUGAUCCAAAUCAGGAAAGACGGCGCCAUUAUAAUGGAGAAGCAUAUGAGGAUGAUGAACAUCAUCCCAGAGGUGGUGUUCAGUGUCAAACCUCUUAAUGGGGCCAGUGAAUAAUACUCACUGCAGGCAUUUUAUAUGCAGUAGUGAAUGAGUGAAGGACUAUAAUCAUAAUAUGCUCACUACUUGCUAUUGUUUUUGUUUUAAUAUUCAAUUAUAGUAGUGUUUUAAAAGUUAAAUGAAGAAUAAACGCAAA